AAUCUCGUACUUGACAUCAAAUUAAAGAAGAAGAAGAAGAUAUAUUGUAUCUACUUAACCAAUUAAUUGUCUGUGGCUGUCGUUGACAACUUUACGUCAAGUAUUUUUGUUUAUGUAUAAACUUCUUUAUGUCUAAUACACGUGGUUUAACCAUGGUUUAACUAAUAAGUGAUGUUACAAUAAAUGUUUUGAGUUAUAAAGACUAAACAAGUAAACAAACAAUUUUAAAUCACUUAAAGAAAAAAAACAAGAACCGAAGAUAAACGUUUCUUCAAAACAAUGGGCAAAAAAAGAAAACUUGCAACUAAUAAUGAUGAUUUUGAAUUUGAUCCAAUUCCUCGGCAUUUAGUUACGUCUCAUAUAAAGAAACAAGAAAAACGCCUAAUAGUCAUUUUAGAAAAUGCCCAGCUAGAAACAGUGAAGGCUGGAAAUAGUUUUGAGCUGUUAAACUGUGAUGACCACGCCAAUAUUUUAAGAAAAAAUGACAGAGAUCCAGGUUCCUGCCGACCUGACAUAACACACCAGUCACUGCUAAUGUUAAUGGAUUCACCUUUAAAUCGGGCUGGCUUACUGCAAGUGUAUAUACAUACAGAGAAAAAUGUUUUAAUUGAAAUAAAUCCACAGACAAGAAUACCAAGAACAUUCAAAAGAUUUGCAGGUUUAAUUGUGCAACUGUUACAUAAAUUUUCAAUACGAGCUUCUGAUGGCCCAAUGAAGUUACUUAAAGUAAUCAAGAAUCCAAUUACAUCACACUUACCUGUCGGAGCGAAGAAAUUGACUAUGUCUUUCAGCUCAAAAGUUGUUAAGAAUUGCCGAAAACUAGUACCAAAAGAUGAACCCAUUGUAUUAGUUAUUGGUGCAAUGGCUCAUGGUACAGUUGAGACCGAUUAUUCUGAAGAUACUAUCUCCAUCAGUAAUUAUCCCCUAUCUGCUGCUUUGACAUGUGCAAAGUUAUGUACCGCCUUUGAAGAAGUUUGGGAUGUUGUUUAGAUGAUUGUUGUAUAUAUAUUAUAGAAUAACAAAUUUUUCUUAAUAGGAUAUAAUUUUUUAUUUACAUGUA